GUGCUGCGCAUUGCGGCUUGUCUCUUGAAGAUGCAUGGUUUCUCACUGAGAAAGUCCUCCCGAAAACUAGGGUAUCGAGGAAUUCCGAUUUCUCGUCUCCAACACUGAACAUUAGGCUCUAAUCUUUGUUGUCAGGGAAAUUGCACUUCUCAAAGUCAGCUGUAAGGUAUGGCCUGGUUGUAAAUUUUUGUACUAUUAUAGUUGAAGCAUUGGACUGGUAUCAUCCGAGAAGGCCCGAUUGUGUGGGGAGUAGGUGGAUUCGCUGGAGAUGGAUAGCGGGACGUCAUCAAUGUCGGUGUUCAACUCGAAGCGAGUGUGACUACGGUGUGAGGGAUUCGAUAAGCAGACUCUUGGUGAAUGGCCGUGAUGCUGUGAACAGAGGAACCAAUUUAUCUUUAGCAUAAUUCACGUCUACUUGAGUACAUUUUUGUAAAUUUGAACAUACUGGUACUACCCUAAGCGGACAUAGUAGCCAGGAAGCGGGACGUCUUGGAGCUCUUCAAAAGCCAUGGAGGAUCACAUUCUGUCUCCCUCGCUGGAAGACAUUAUCGACAGCAGCGCAGGUAUUCUGAAGAGACUUACACUACUCAAUCCCGUCGAUGUGGAGGAUAUGGCAACAGACGAGGACACCCCGGGCUCCUCGAGCCUGGAAAGAGGCGCGUUGGGACGAUUAGAUGGAGGGAACGGUUGUUCUACUUCACAAGCAGGAAGAUUAGGUAUUUUGCGCCACACGUCGGAUGGGACAUUUGUGUCACCGGAGUUUGACAUGGACGUGCAGGAGCAAGAAAACGUGGCGAUGGACCCAAAAGUGUGGAGCGAGCUUCCGGAGCAUCUCAUGGAUAGCAUUCUCGCAUGGUUGCCACUGCCGAGCUUUCUUCGUGUGCGAUCGAGGUACGCUGCUUACGAUCCGUCGCUCAAUAAAUGGCACCUUCUGCCGCUGUCGUGCUUUCUCUCGGGCCCGUCGCUCAGUCAGUUUGUCGUUCUGGCCGCCGCGGGAGGUUUGCUUUGCUUGGGAGGUACGAGUGGAAGCGUUCCGCAAGGUCGCAAUGGGUAUGCCGUUGAUCCGAUGACCAAGGCAGACCGCAAUCUGUAUGUGUCCAAUCCAAUCACCAAAAUUCGAAGAAAGCUUCCGCCAAUGCUCAGGAUGCAAAAUCCUUACAUCGUAGGGAUGGUCAUCGAUUCUGCCAAGAAGAGCUACAAAAUCUUGGUCGCCCAAGAAGGCGAGCAUCUGAAGUUGCAGGUGUACGAUUCAAUCAGCAACUCAUGGGAGUUGACCGACAGUCUGCGGAGAAGGGUGGCGCUCGUUGUAGGAACAGCUUACAUGCACGGUAUCCUCUACUGCUUGACGUUCGGUCCCGGUAUCGGUGUGUCCACGUACCAUGUGGAUGCAGGGUGUUGGCAAGACCUGCGAGCACGCAUGCCUCCUUGUCUGACCUGUCCGCAGCUGUUUGAAAAUCGGGGAUGCCUGAUGAUGGUCGGAGGUAUCGAGGAGUUCGGAAGUAUCAAGAGUAUUCACGUGUGGCGCCUUGAUGAAGCCAAAAGGGAGUGGGUAGAAGUUCUGAGGAUGCCAGACAAUCUGCUCCAUGAGUUGUCAAGUGGUCCUCCUGGUGGUCAUUUUCUGUUCGUUGCCCACGGGGAUCACAUCUGUUUCACUUAUUAUCGAGCCAAAGAAAUGCUCAUGUGUAAUCUGUACAGAAACGCUUGGUGGUGGCUUCCUAGAUGCACUCUUGACGAUUAUUUGGAUGCCCGUAGUGUACUCGGGUUUUCUCUAGAGCCCAGGUUGGAUGCGGCUGUUUAAAGUGUGUCCAUACGUAAUAACUCUACCUCAGGACGCGUUCGCGAACUCGAGGUCUGAAUCAUUUACCUACCUUUUGUGAGUUUCUUUCUCGACCUUAUGAAAGGGAUGACGAAAACGCAGCAGAUGCUGAAACUAACUGCUCAGAUAGGGAGGAGUACUACGAUGUACAUGAAUGAUUCCUUGAAAUUUUCGGAUUUUGUAUCCAAACUUUCCUCGUACCUAUUGCUGUUUAUUUCUUUCAAGGGGUGAAGUAAAGCCGGGAUGCUGUCUUCCUCUUAUUGUAAUUAUGAUGACUUUUCAAGGUCGGGAUCCCCUCCCUGUUUAAUAGAUGGGAGUACUUGAGCAAACACUUCAUUUGGAUCGGAAAGAUGAUGGUGG